AUGGCAACCGUUUACGAUUUUCUUUUCCAACACUUAAAGGAAGACCUUCGAAUAAAAGCCCUUGCAAAGAUUUCAGAUGUCACAAAAGAACUUUACGAGAGAUCUUUCAAACAGUACAUUCAGAAUCAUGUUGCUACUAAUUACGUUGCAUUUUUUACAGGUGCAAUAGUGGUUGAACCGCACAUCAAAGAAGCGAAAGUUUGGAAAGAAAGAGCUAAUUUUAUGCUGAGGAGAACCAUGUUUCUUCUUUACCAAAUCGUCGAUGGGUCUAUGGAAGAGGGCGUGGCUGGCUCAUACACCACGCGAUCACUGACUCAGUAUAUUUUCUUGGCUAAGAGACAUCUCGGAACUGAUUUGACAAACAACAUCUGGUUGCGAGAACACUUCUGGUUCUUAUACCACACAAUUCUUCCAAGUUUUACAGAAACUGUUGGUAUUGCCGACUCAAACCAAAACUGGUUUUACGGACCCGAAAGCCAGCUUGUUUUCUUAGAUAGUCACGUUAUGCGAAAUGGGUAUGGCAACUGGCUUGCAAAGAAAAUCCGCAUGUUACGUGUUGAGAAUUCUACAAAGGAAGGAGCCUUCGCACAACGUUUUUGCACACUUCACACGGAGUUUAUUUUCUAUAAUGCAAGUAUUCCAGAAAAGGAGCCUCCUAAUACUUCAACUCCUCAACUUCAUGUUUUUGAGGACUGGGGUGUUGUGACCUAUGGAGGCGGAUCUUUGGGAAAAGGCCGGGAAAAAAUUACAUUUCUUUCUUUUAAAUCAAGCGUUUUGCACGGAUAA